AUGGAGCACAACCACGUCCACCUGCACAACGGGUCCCUCCUGGCGCACCACCGCUAUGGCUGCGGCUUGGGGUACGCACCUGUCGUCUACUACAGCCUGCUGCUGUGCCUCGGGCUGCCGGCAAACAUCUUGACAGUUAUCAUCCUUUCCCAGCUCGUGGCUCGCAGGCAGAAGUCCUCCUAUAACUACCUUCUAGCUUUAGCUGCUGCUGACAUCCUGGUUCUGUUCUUCAUCGUCUUUGUUGACUUCCUCAUGGAAGACUUCAUCUUAAACAAACAGAUGCCUCAGGUACUGGACAAAAUAAUUGAGGUCUUGGAGUUUUCUUCUAUCCACACCUCCAUUUGGAUUACGGUUCCGCUAACAAUCGAUAGGUAUAUAGCUGUGUGCCAUCCGCUAAAGUAUCAUACAGUCUCCUACCCUGCUCGUACUCGAAAAGUCAUUGUAAGUGUCUACAUCACCUGCUUUUUGACCAGCAUUCCCUACUACUGGUGGCCUAACAUUUGGAUUGAAGACUACAUAAGCACAUCAAUGCAUCACGUCCUCAUCUGGAUCCAUUGCUUUACCGUUUACUUGGUGCCCUGCUCCAUCUUCUUCAUCCUGAAUUCCAUCAUCGUGUACAAGCUGCGUCGAAAGAGCCAUUUCCGACUGCGAGGGUACUCCACAGGGAAAACAACAGCCAUUUUGUUUACUAUAACUUCUAUUUUUGCUAUACUUUGGGCACCAAGAGUAAUCAUGAUAUUGUAUCACCUCUACGUGUCACCUAUAAACAACAGCUGGGUGGUACAUAUUGUGUCGGACAUUGCCAAUAUGCUCGCGCUGCUGAACACUGCAAUUAAUUUCUUCCUCUACUGUUUUAUUAGCAAAAGAUUUCGCACAAUGGCAGCUGCCACGCUGAAAGCCUUCUUUAAGUGUCAGAAGCAACCUGUGCAAUUCUAUACAAACCAUAACUUUUCCAUAACAAGCAGCCCUUGGAUUUCCCCAGCCAAUUCGCACUGCAUCAAAAUGCUUGUUUACCAGUAUGAUAAGAAUGGAAAGCCUAUAAAAAUAUCACCAUGA